UCUCCAUGUACCUGAUCACUGUGUUUGGAAAUUUGCUCAUAAUCUUGGCUGUCAGCUCAGACUCCCACCUCCACACACCCAUGUACUUCUUCCUCUCCAACCUGUCCUUUGUGGACAUCUGUUUCACCUCCACCACCAUCCCAAAGAUGCUAGUGAACAUCCAGACGCAGAGCAAAGCUAUAACCUAUGAAGGCUGCAUCACCCAGAUGUAUUUUUUCAUGCUGUUUGUAGUGUUGGACACCUUCCUUCUGACAGUGAUGGCCUAUGACCGCCUCGUGGCCAUCUGCUACCCCCUGCACUACCCAGUCACCAUGAGCCCAGUUCUCUGUGCACUGCUGCUUCUGGUGUCCUGGCUCUCCAUUGUCUCCUUAUUUUAUUGUAUAAGCUUAGGCGUGUACCUCAGCUCUGCUGCUACCCACAGCUCACACUCCAGUGCAACAGCCUCAGUGAUGUACACUGUGCUCACCCCCAUGCUGAACCCCUUCAUCUACAGUCUGAGGAACAAAGAGAUAAAGAAGGCUCUGAAAAGAUUCUUUGGGAUGGCAGCUGCAAAAGGGUUAAUUGUCCUGGGGCUGAAGAAUCUUAUGUAA